AUGGAGUGGACGCUUAAAGAAGACCGUGUUGCAGUUAUUGCGUUGCAUCGUUGCGGUUACGCGCCAAUUCAAAUUUUUGACAUACUGAAAAAUUUUAAUAUAACCAAAAGAUUCGUGUAUCGUACCAUCAAACGAUACAAUGAAGACUCUAGUGUAGAUGACAGGUCAAGAAGUGGUCGCCCUCGGUCUGUUAGGACUCCAGCAGUGAUAAAAGCUGUGAAGGCGCGAAUUCAAAGAAAUCCCAAACGUAAGCAGAAACUGUUGGCCCUUCAGAUGGGGUUAAGCAGAACCACGGUGAAAAGGGUGUUAAAUGAAGACUUAGGGCUUCGGGCAUAUCGAAGAAAAACAGGACAUCGUUUGAAUGAUCGUCUAAUGGACCUGAGACUGAAGAGAUGCUGCGCUUUGUUGAAGCGGUACGCGGGAAAAAAAUAUCGGGAAAUUCUUUUUUCAGAUGAAAAAAUUUUUACCGUAGAAGAGAGCUACAACAAACAAAAUGAUAAGGUGUACGCACACAGUAGUGCAGCAAGCAAGCGAGCAACCGUAUUCCGCGUGUCCAACGAGGUCAUUUUCCAUCCUCGCUCAUGGCACUGGGUAUUCCAACAAGAUUCGGCGCCAGCUAAUAGAGCGAAGAGUACACAAGACUGGCUGGCGGCGCGUGCAAUCGACUUCAUCCGGCACGAAGACUGGCCCUCCUCCAGUCCAGAUUUGAAUCCGUUAGGUUACAAGAUAUGGCAACACUUGGAGGAAAAGGCGUGCUCAAAGCCUCAUCCCAAUUUGGAGUCACUCAAGACAUCCUUGAUUAAGGCAGCCGCCGAUAUUGACAUGGACCUCGUUCGUGCUGCGAUAGACAACUGGCCGCGCAGAUUGAAAGCCUGUAUUCAAAAUCACGGAGGUCAUUUUGAAUAA